AUGUCUAGACCAGAGCAUAUAGCAGCCCCGGAAAUAUUCUACGAUGAGACAGAGUCUCGAAAGUACUCUUCAAACUCACGUAUUAUAGAGAUUCAAUCUGUGAUGGCUGAGAGAGCCUAUGAGCUCCUCGCUAUUCCAGAGGAUAAGACAGGUCUUUUGUUAUUGGAUAUUGGAUGUGGAUCAGGUAUAAGUGGCGACGUUGUCACUGAUCACGGUCACGAAUGGAUUGGUUGUGAUAUUUCAAAGGACAUGCUGGAUGUGUCGGUGGAGCGCGAGGUCGAAGGUGAUGUAAUCCUGCGCGAUAUGGGCCAAGGCCUGCCAUUCCGUCCUGGUUCAUUCGACGGCGCCAUCAGUAUCUCAGCCGUACAAUGGCUGUGCAAUGCAGAAAAGUCACAUCACAACCCCAGGAAGAGACUGCAGGUCUUCUUCCAGUCACUGUUCAGCGUUCUGACCCGUGGUGGCAAAGCCAUCCUGCAGUUCUACCCAGAGAAUGCCGCACAGAUCGAGAUGAUCACAUCGGCAGCGAUGCGCUGUGGUUUCACUGGAGGUCUGCUCAUCGACUUCCCCAACUCUACAAAGGCCAAGAAGUACUUCUUGGUUCUGUUCACUGGCGCCAAUGCCAGCAUGCCCCAAGCCAAGGGUGUUGGCGGCGAGAUCGAGGAGGAGAGCGGCGGUGUCAAGUAUGUAAAUAGAAAGAGCGAACAUAGACGUGGCGGAAAACGCGGCGGUUUGAAAGUCAAGACGAAAGAGUGGAUCAAGGGCAAGAAGGACAGACAGAGGCAUCAAGGCAAGGAGGUCAAGGCUGACUCUGUUUACACAGGACGUAAGAGAGGUCCAAGGUUCUAA